AUGGAAGAUACUCCUGAAAGUAAGAUCUAUCAGCCGGGUCAGCUUGCUCAGUGGCUAUUCUUCACAAAUGCACGCGGCGAGGAGACCGACCCGGACUCGGCGAUUGGCAUAGCGCUGGAAGGGGACUGGGAGCGGCUGGAACCCCAUGCGGCGGCGCUUCUAGGCGAUACGUCGGCCGGGGCGUACGACCGAUUCCUUGCAAUGUCCGCACUGGCUCGCUGGGCCUCGCCGACUGGUUAUGAGGCAGUCCGCGCGGCGGCGGAAGAUCCUGAUGCACAACCCUGGCGGGGUAUGUCGAUCGAUCGACUACAUAGCCUGGACAACACCUUCGCGCUGCUCACCGAGUCCGUUGCGAGCAGCCGGGAUGAGGCCCAGGAACGCGGCACCUCCGCAGAGCGGCUAACGGCGCUCGCGGCGCUGAUCAGCAUCGCCCACCAGGUGUACUUCGAGCAUAAUAUCUCCCGCUCGUGUCUCUAUGACGAAGACAUCGAGCAGUUACGCGAGCCGAUCGAGACGCAGAUCGAGCGUGGUCUGGCUGCGCUAGGUGCAGCCCAGACUCCGUUACCGCAGUGGGUGGACGACCAGGUUGAGGAGCUCAUCCAGGCGCUGAGAUUGGUGGACGAGAAUGCUGCGGACGCCUAUAAGGCGCGGUUGGGUAGUUGA